UUAGGGGUGAAGAUGGGUGUGGUGAGAUUGAUCACCAGGCUCGCAAAUCCCGCGCAGCGAAGGCAUUGGGUUCCAAAGAAGAAGAUUUUGGGCACCCCCGAGCUCAAUCGGAUCUACAAUGGCCCUGGCGUGGAUCAGGACUACGUGAAUAGCGAGAAGUACAAGACCGAGAUCCUCCAAGCCAAAGCUCGGAUUUUCAACUACGUGAUUGGGAAUGGAUUGCGAUCCGGCCACAAGAUUCUCAGGAGGAAGCUCAUCGGCCCGGAGCUCGUCAAGUGGUACCCAUUCCCCUUGCAGCAUUUGGAUCGGCGAUUCAAGGAUCCAACCGAGGAGAGGCGAUACCAGAGAUUGCAAAGAUUGAAACGAGCGGGCAAAGGAAGACCGAAGAAAGGCCAAGGCAAGCGAGCGACCGCCAAAGCCAGCAAGAAGAAAUAGAGUUUCUAGGGUUCUUGAGAGGGAUAGGAGUUUUAGGGUUCUUGGGGAGAUCGAUGGCGAUGGCGAUGGCUCUAGGCAGGAAAUGCGGCUUGAUCCCGCGGCAAUUGGUACAGUUCUUUCGUUUCUCUCGCAUCGCAGCGCUCUGAUUUGGAUGGAUCGAGCGCAGCAACAGGUGCGCGGCGUGUAUAUCGACUGCAAGGGGCUGAAUUUCGAGCAAGCCAUGGCGCGCUAUGGCCGGAAAAUGCGACAGGACAAGACGCUCAACGAUCUGCUCAAGAAGGAGUACUACGUGAAGCCGUCGGAGCAGCGGCGCCAGGCGGAGAAGGAGCGCGUCAAGCGAACCAAGAAGAGGCUCUUCCGGGAGAAGCUCAAGUUCGUCUUGAUGUUGCGAGCAAGGUUUGCAUUUCUCUUUCCCUCCCUUUGUUCUUCAUUCACCAUAGCUGGUUUUCUUUCUCAUCGGACAAAUCCAGCUUUGUUUUUAUCAUCUCCCUCUUUGCGAGAUCUUGAAUCGCUUACUGAUGAUCUUCUCCUCGUUUCCAGAGGGCUGUGAUCGAAUUUUGGUGAUCUUUGAUUUGUUUUCCUCGCUACUAGAGUAGAGGUACUGUUCUUAUGAACCAACAAGAGCCCUAAGUUUCUUUUC